AUGGUGGGUUCCGGGCAGCCAUCAUUGAGGGCCCUCGUAGCGUUGAUUUCUGGUGAGACGCUGGGAACAUGUGGCUGUUUAUCAGGGGUAUCACUUACAGAACGGGUGCUAGAAGAGUUGUCAAGGGAUGGGAAGAUGUCUUCGGAGAGAAAAUCGAGAAGCGCAAGAUUCACUCCAGCUAUAAGCGAGGCACUUGUUCAGGCCUACCGAAAAUAUGAAUUUAUCCUUCAGGCGAAAUUCUCAGAGACAGUGUCAUUGGAAAAGAAAAAAGAGGCUUACGGCUACGUUGCUGAUGCUGUUAACGCAGUUAACAGUGGGGAGAAAAAAAGUGUUGAACAGAUAAAAAAGAGAUGGGAAGACAUGACAGGGAAUGUGAAGAAGGAGAGGGAGGCCAGAAAUAAAGAACUGAGAAGGUUAAGGGUGACAGGAAAUGGACAUUUAGAAGAUGAAGAGGAGCCAAACUCUGAGCCCUGCACAGAGAGCCUCACUCCUUCUGAGAAGGAAAUUGCCAUCAUUUUAGGGCCACAGACUUUCACUGGGAUUCCUGGUGGACAUGAUUCCAUGGAGACAGCUGGUGAGAAUUACCUUUGUCUUAAUCUACCCCAAGAAGGUUAGUCUGUUUGAAUAUCAAUUAUUAUUAUUAUUGUUAUCAUUACAUUAAUGUCUGAAUCCUGUCCAACAAAAUUUGUGGUUACACGAAUGAAAUAUCCAUGUUGUCUGUGAAAGGUCACUACAAAUCCCAAGAGCAUGAACAUCAUGAAGUGUUAUUAACAAAAUACUUCUAUAAAGCUACAUUGAAAUUUACCAAAUGAAUGGGAGUAAGGUGGGGUUUAAUGUUACAAAAAGGGGAAGGUAGGAAAGUAGGGAUCUUUUACCAAACAGGAAGUAGCUGUUAACCCUUUAGAAAACCAUUUACGGCCCUUGUUGUUCACUUCAUUAACUUUCAUUUUUCAUAAAUUAAGGGCAGACAAGCAAAGAAAACAUUUCUGAAGAAAAUGUGGAA